AUGCUGAACACUAAAUCUGAUCCAAUGGUUGGCUUCAGUUGCGACCGAUUUGUGAACGUUUCGGGCGACGAGUCGUUGUCUGUAUUGACUGAACUCAAGUGUGGUAUUUGUCUGAAUGUGUUGAACAACGCUGUGGUCACACAAGGCGGUCACUCCUUCUGCUAUCAAUGUCUCGACCGAUGGCUUUCCAGACCCGACGUCGGCGUCAAAGACUGUCCGGAAUGUCGGGAAGCGUUGGCCACGAAGAAGCGGAUCCGAAAGCGAACCAGAGGUGACCAGAGUUUGCCACUAAUGGCUGGCGAAGACGUUCCCGUCAUUAAGUGUCGGCGUCUGAACGCAGUUAUCGGGAAAUUGCGGAUUAAAUGCCAGUACGAGUGGAACGGAUGCCACGAAGUGUGUCCAUUGGAGUCACUGUCAGCACAUCACACACAAUGUGAGCACCGGUUGUGCCGCGCGUGUGGUCUGGCGGCGGGUGUGAGCGCUGAUGAGCACAACUGUAUUGAACUCUUAGUGAAUGAUCGCAAAGAAUUGAAGGAUAGGUUGGAAGCCGUCGUCAAAGAAAAGGAUGACAUGAAUACAAAGUUGAUUGAAAUGGAGACCAAAAACAAAUUAUUAACACAUAAAUUGAGCGCCGAUUCGCAUAAAUUUGGCCCUAAAUUGUCGGUCGAAUAUCUAAUAUUUGGUAAAUACCGGACAACCGGUCACUCUAUUAUAAUGACUAGCGAUGGCAUUAAACUCUGUAACGUUGAGCCCAAUAACUCAAUGACAUUUAAAUACCAUAUUAUGUUACCAUUCGUUGAGAUGCAGAAUCUGGCCAUUUGUGCCGAUCAUUCGUUACCACUACUGGUCAUUAAACCUGUCAGAGAAUCUGCCCUUAAGAUUAUGGAUUGUUUGUCGUUAAGCAACGGUUUAUUUGACAUCAAUUCAAACGAUAAGAGUCUCAAUACAAUUGUGAUUGUAUUGCAAAGACAAUUGAAUGAAUUGUUAACAGCGAUUCAUCUCAAGACUUGUGAACUUAGAAUCCGGAAGAAUGGUCUGUCUAUUCACAGUAUGGCAUAA